CACGCUCUUCAGAAUAUCUUAUUUGCAAUGCUGCAGGAAGAGGAUGAAUUGAGAGCGAAAAGGUCUUUUAUUAUACUGUGUGAUCUUCACCGCCGAAGGGUUUGGUUUGAUGAUAGGACAACUAAUGCGAUUUGCAUAGCGUGCUUUCAUACGUCUUCCAGGAUUAUGGUUGCUGUUAUAUCUCUCCUACUUGGUUACGAGCGGAUGGAAGAAGCCGAGGAUAGUGAAGGCUCGAGUAGUGAAGAUGAAACUACCAUGCAAAAACCUCAAGUUGUUUUGAGUCAUGAGACUGUCUGUAAGAUGGACUUGAUUUGGGAGGAACUUGGUCAAAAAAUAAAGGAACUUCUAGAGAUUGGAUAGUCAGGAGUUGUUGCUUCUAUCUUAGCUGCCUGUGAAUGGCUUCAUACACAUGGACACGAGGUUUUCACCCCAUCUCUAUGUUUGUGCGUGCACUUGUGCAUGUGUUGAUAAUUUAAUGCAUCACAGAUUUUAACUCUGUACAUUUGAUGGAAGCUAUGUUUUUGAGGUUGCAGGAGUAAGUAA